AUGACCUCGGGACAUAGGAAUCGCACGGUCUCGCAUUGGAGCCCGUCGAAGGCCACCCGUACAUCUCCACCGAGCACAUCAUCCAACGCCCAAAGGUUGUUUACAGCGAAGAGGCCGGGCAAUACCACAUGUGGUGGCACGCAGAUAAUUCGACCUACGGCUGGCUUCUCCGAGGUUUCGCAACCUCCGACAACAUCGCCGGCCCCUACAAGUUCGUCGACGCUGUUGCGCCUCUCGGCAACUGGUCCCUAA